GCGGCGCCUUUGCUGGUAAAGCGGUCUUUUAAAAAAGACAAGUUUAUACUUCUAUAUAAAUACAUUUCAGUUUUUUAAUUGAAUUCGGAUGUCUCGCUUUUUACCAGUUUUAUUUUUUCACUCUAAUUGUCAGUUGCUUAAAUUUAUACAAUAACUGGAUUUUAUCAAAAAGGUGUGUUUUAUUUCUGCAUCUCUAAUUAGACAACUGUAACAUCAAAUACAUAUAACAAAGUUAAUUGCUCCAUAAUGUUUAAAUAUAUCAGUUAACUUUUGCUAUUGUUUUGUAUUAUUUUAUUUUCAGCACAAUGACCUCUCCAAUGUCUCCAAACUUCAGCCCAUGUUUGCUGUCCAACGCUUCUACACCAAAUGAUAUCAGAGAUACACCACUUAGCAAGAAGAGCAACAAUAACCACACAGCAUCUCCUUUUGAGAAGAAUGGAUAUCUUAUUAGAUCUCUGUUACCUAGUCCUUACAACAAGUCUUUGGUAUCUGCUCUUUCAUCAGCUUCCUGUUCUGCUCGCUCCAUAUUAAUGCAUAGCACACCUCAAAGUGUCAAAGACCAGUAUUCCAGACACCAGCAUCUCUCAACUCCACAAUCACAAGUAAAAAACCCUUUUGAAAUUGCACUUAUUAACCAGUUGAGCAGUUCCGUGGUUUCUCCUGGAAUUUUUAAUAUGGCAACUCCAAAUUCCAACGAAGAGAAUUUUGAGUGGACAAUUGACCAACUGGCUACUUUACAUCCAGUUGAAAUUGAUGAAAAACCUCAGUAUAAGUCCACAUUCAAUCCUGCAAUAGAGACAAAAGCUCAGGAAGCCAUAGAGCAAUAUUUUAAUACUCGUCUUGUUGUACUUUCUCCAAUAGAAAAUGAAAAAUCAGAUCAGAAUGAAAAUGCAACUUCUAAGAAAUCUGUUACUAUUGGCUGUCAGACAUGUUUAACUUUACCAUUAGACCUCAAUAUCAAUAAGGUUUUAGGACAAUAUAUGACUUAUGAAGAGAAAAGGAGUGAUGCUGAAAAUAGCCAGUCAGAAUCGUUCAGUACUGCUAGUCUUCGGCGCAAACUGUUCUGUCAAGAGUUUCAGGAGAGUGACAGUAGUUCAAUGGGCAGUAAUAUGGCCAGAUCAGACGAGUCCUUAAAUGAGUGUGAUAUACCUCCUGCUCCUAUACCCACCACACCCGACUGGGACAGAUGUGCUUCAAUGAAUCCACUAUCUUCAAGUCCUGUGAGUCACCGUAGUCGUCGUUACAAAUCAUAUAUAGCUGGAGAUGCUUUAGACUGCAGUGGAACUGUCUUAUCACCAAUUCACCAGCUAUCAUCUCCAUUGUCAACCAGAUCUCGAUCAAAUUUCCGUCGACAUUCUUUAGGUUCUUUAGAAGAUUCUAGCAAGCGUUUAUCUAGUCCUUGUGUAUCACCAAUUAAUUUAGAAAGUCAUUCAUCAGAAAUGGCUUCUCUCAAUAUAUCAGAUGUUCCAAUGGAAAGUUCAAUGAAAACUCCGGUUUCUUCACCUUGUCACAAGCUUUCUAAAAACAAUACAAACUGCUUAAAACCCAGUUGCCUCGAAGGAAUGUCACCUUUGUUUUCAUCAGUUCAAAAAGAAAUUGAAUUGGUCAAUUCUAUUAAAAUUGACUCAGACAGCAGAAGAACUACUUUAGAAGAAUUAAAAACAUCAAAGGAAGAACCCUCUUUACAAAAUGUGGUUCAAAGACAUACUUCCCCACCAUCUUCUAACAUUUAUACUGCCAAAGAGACAGUCGGAAUUCCAUCAAACGAAGCUCAAUUAUUUUGCAUCAAGAAAAUGCCAGAAGCUCAACCAAAAUGUAACAUUUCAAUGAAUUUUUCUGAAAUGACCAGUGUCUUAUCUACCUCCAAUAAUUUUAGCAUGAUGCCUUCCAAGUUUGAAGUGACUAAUGUAGAUAGCUUGCAGAGUGUGUCAACAUCUCAACAAGAUACAGGAUACAUGUCAUACAAUGUUGGCUCACGUUCAGAAAUGUCUCAAACUUCUAAAUCAGGCUUCAUGGGCACAUCAUCACUACAAGACAAUGCAGAUACAGAUAAGUAUAUUAUAGAUCAGUCUUCUCAUUGUAAACCUAAUCACACUUCACUAAUUAGGAGCAGACUACAUGUAGAAAAGACUAUUGCAGACAAAUCUAAUCUUGAUUAUGCAGAUGUAGUUGAGCGAGCUCACAAGAUGCUAAAUUUAACACCUAGCAUACCACAAAGUGACAAACAGCAUCUUGAAACUCUUUUUAAAAAUACAGCUUCUUAUGAAGCUUCAAAUUUCCAAUGGCAUCCUAUUGGAGCUUCAACUCCAACACACAAGACUCUUUUCAAACCUGCAAGUGAAACUGCUGCUGAAAUUCUUAAAAAAGCUCAUGAUGAUCUCUCUCAGGCACUUUAAUCAAAAAACAUUUUAAAUAUCAUCUUUGGAAAUAAUCCAUUUUAUUACGGUUUUAAUGAGAUUUGUUUCAUAUUUUCAUAUUCAUUUGUAUGAUAGUUGUUUAUAAAUUGUACAGUUUUUAAAAAUAUCUUAUAUUUAUAUAACUAAAUAUGUAAAUAUUUCAUCUUAUUUUUUUUAAAUGUAUUUUUCUAAACAUUUUUCUAUUGAAUCAUUAUUUCUUACGAGUUAUUUAGUAUGUUAUUGAAAUUAUUUCUAACGAGUUAUUUAGUAUGUUAUUGAAUAACAAAAUUUCAUUUAAAUAAACAUCAAACCAAGAACAAUGAAAUUGUUUUGGGGUUUUUACUAAGUGUAUGAGCAAAUCAAUACAGUGUUGAACAAAAUGAUUUUCAGUAUUUUAUUUUGUCCUAUUACAUUCCAAGUUCAGAUUCUACUAGUAAUGACUUUGAUAUUUAUUUUAGCAACCAGUAAGGAACAGUUUUGUACUGGAUCCAAUGCAACCAUUUGUACUCUCUCUUAAAUUUGUGAACUUGUUCUGUUGCAAGAAUUUGUUUCCAUUAUUAUGAUGGUUAUGUAUGAUUUUAUGAUGUUGGCACUAGCAUAGCUAGAUUGUGUACUGCCCAGGGCGGCCCUUCUGUAUGAUGCCCCCAGACCCCACAAAAAACACAUUAUUUACAGCAGACCUAAAAGUGGUGCCCCUUUAAAAAUGCUGCCUGGGGCAGACCACCCUGCUUUAGCUACGCUAGUGAAUGUUUUUAUUCAAACUGUGAUGCUGCAUAGUAAUGAGUUGUAAGUCUUGAAUGAAGAGAAUUUGUGAAGACUUGGAAGAAACAAAGCAAGCACACUCUGCUUGGAUGUGUAAUGUUAGUGUCCAUGAAUGACAAUGCAAUAAGUUGAGAAAACUGAAUAUAGGAGGAAUCAGCUGUAGGGUAAAGAGAAUAAAUUCAUGUGAUGUAUAUAGAGGAUGACAGAUUUAUAUUGCACAUCAUGAAGGUAAUGAUAAAGAACUAUGACAAAUGACAGCAUACAAUACUGGAAAAGCCCCAAUUGCCUAUGCAAACGUACAUUAAAAUAGAAGUUGCCCAUUUUUGUACCUGCUAAGUUUCCAUUUGCUACUUCUGCCUAUUCAAUAUCCUCUUGUCUCUCUAUCAGUUACUUACCUACACAAUGAAGGAUAGCAUUAGAUUUGCCCUUAAUCAAUCCCAAUUACCAUCAUCUUAUCUCUCUAUCACAGUGCUUGAGGAACAAGGGAUUGCACUGGAUCUAUAGGUAUCUGAUAUAUUCCUCCAUUUAACCUUCUGUUCUGCCAGCCACCUUUCCUUCACUUUUAAGUCACUCAUUCGUCUAUCACAUUCCUACCAUGAUCAUUUCUAUGAUUAAAAAUAACUUACUCUCUUGCUUACCAGCAAACAUGCAACUGCCAUUAAUUUCUCUCGCUCACCUUCUGUUGCAUUACACCUUAGUUUUACUGUCUCUAUCUUCACCUUACUCUUUCUUGCUCUUUCAUUUUCAUUUCUCCCUUUUCUAACACACUGUCACACUAAUCACUCUGUUACUCCUUCUAUCAUACUUUUGCUUCUUUCUCCCUCUCACCCUAGUUCAUCUUCUUUAAUUACCCUCUAUCCUAUUCACUAUCUUAAUUACAUUGCCGUCUACGAAUGGAGAACUCAAGGUACAAGGGAAUUUUAUUUGAGCCAAUAAUGUGCACCCAGUACACUCUGUAAGGUGAUUGAUGAGUAAGUGGAAGAAACUUAGGAUUGAGAAGAGUCUUUAGUCUUGUCUACUCAUAGUCAUGACAACCACUCUAGUGUUAGUACCACAAUAAAAUGCACCUAUUUAAGUGGUUGGUGUUAGGAAAGCUUUAGUUACCAUGCUAAAAGUGUGAAAUGUUCUCCAACUCAACUAGGAAAGCAGAAACUCUGAAUAAGAACUGGCUCAGAUCAUGACAGCUUGUCCAAAUCUACUAACAUGAAAAGUUAAGAUAAAAUGCUGCUAUUGUCUAAAUUUGUGUAUUUUGAUUAUACCAGUAUUAAGAUUGUUUUCAGUUUUUUAAUGAUUCUAGAACCUGGCAAUUUUUAUAUAAUGGUUUACAUUAAGAAAUUUAAUUUUCGGACAUUAUUUUGUCACAAAAUGUAGUUAGUGUUGUAAAAGUAUAAGCUAAGAUACUGGGGCAUUGAUACUUGAUUUUGACUCUGAGUUGAAAUUAUUUCUCUUCUGCUGCUUAAACUUUGGAAAAAGUAAUUGUGAUAUCUCAUUUUCAUUCUCUUAAGAAAAUUAGAUUUUAUGUCUAGUUAAAAGAAAUCAAUACUUUAAUGUAAUAUCGGUUUAUUAUUCAAAAUGUGGAGAAUUUAAUAAACAUUUUAUCUUAUGAAAUGAUA